AUGGCGGCCGACCACGGGACCAAACGAGGUCUGCUUCAAGAAAGCAAGCGGCCAUCCGACGACGACUUCCAAGACCACGACUCCGACUCCGACAUCGAAGCGACCGAAUAUCUCGACCGCAAUGUCUCCACGUCCCCCAAACGCUCACAGAGCUCGCCGACAUCGAACCCAAAAAGGCAGUCUUGGGUUUUGCGAUGCCUAGGACGUCGCAGCCGGUGCUGCAUCGGUCUGGUGGCUGGGUUCAUCGUCAUUUGGAUUUUCCUCAGCGCCGGCGGUGCGUUUGCCUACAAGAAAUACCAAGAAGAGCCGCCGUAUGGGCAGUCCCCGCCGUGGUAUCCCGCCCCCAAGGGCGGCAUCGCGAAGACAUGGGCUGCGAGCUACGACAAGGCCGCCAAGAUGGUGGCUAAAAUGACGCUGGCGGAAAAGGUCAACGUCACAACAGGCACAGGCUGGGAGAUGGGCCUGGCGGUGGGCACCAACGCUCCGGCCGUGCACGUCGGAUUCCCGCAACUGCAACUCCAGGACGGGCCACUGGGCAUCCGAUUCGCUGAUAACAUCACCGCCUUUCCCGCUGGCAUCACCGUCGGGGCUACCUGGAACCGGCAGUUGAUGUAUGCUCGCGGCAAAGCCCACGCCAUUGAGGCUCGCCAAAAGGGCAUCCAGGUCCUGCUCGGUCCCUGCGUCGGGCCGCUUGGCCGCAUGCCAGCUGGUGGGCGCAACUGGGAAGGGUUCGGCGCGGAUCCGUACCUCCAAGGCGUGGCGGGCGCCGAGACCGUAAAGGGCAUCCAAAGCGAAAACGUCAUGGCCACCAUCAAGCACUUUGUCGCCAACGAACAGGAACAUUUCCGUCAGCAGUGGGAGUGGAGCUUGCCACACGCCCUAAGCGCCAACAUCGACGACCGCACACUCCACGAACUCUACACCUGGCCAUUCGGCGACGCCGUGAAGGCCGGAGUGGCAUCUGUCAUGUGCUCGUACAACAUGGUCAACAACUCAUAUGCCUGCGGCAACAGCAAGUUGCUCAAUGGAAUUCUUAAGGACGAGCUCGGCUUCCAGGGCUUCGUCAUGAGCGACUGGCUCGCGCAGCGUUCUGGUGUUGCCACUGCACUAGCCGGACUGGACAUGACCAUGCCCGGCGAUGGCGCGAAGUGGGCUGAUGGCGUGUCUUUCUGGGGCCCCGAGCUGAGCAAAGCCGUUCUCAACGGCAGUGUCCCCGUUGACCGCCUGAACGACAUGGUCACUCGCAUCGUCGCGGCCUGGUACCAGUUGGGCCAGGACGAUGAGACCAAGUUCCCCCGCCAACCUCCUAACUUUUCGUCUUGGACCAACGACCGCCUGGGCGUGAUGGCACCGGGAAGCCCGAGCGAACAAGACGAGGUUGUCGUCAAUCAGUUUGUUGACGUGCAAGCGAAUCAUUCCGUCAUUGCGCGUGAAGUGGCUGCUGAGGGAACCGUGCUGUUGAAGAACGAGGGGCUGCUCCCCCUCAGCCCUUCGGGCUCCGGCAAGGCUUCCUCCGGCAAGUACAAGGUUGGCGUGUUUGGCGACGAUGCCGGCCCCGGUGAAGGCCCUAACCAUUGCAAGGACCGAGCUUGCAACCAGGGAACCUUAGGCUCAGGGUGGGGGUCAGGCGCUGUCGAGUUCCCCUAUCUUGUUUCUCCCAUCGAGGCCCUCCGCGGAAAAUUUGACAAGGGCAAAGUCGAUUUGCAUGAGUACCUGACCGACAAACCGUCGUUUACUGGAAAAGACAAGUCCACGGUGGAGGAGUUGGAUUUGUGCAUCGUCUUUGUCAAUGCGGACUCUGGCGAAGGUUUUGUGAAGUGGGCCGAUGUGAGCGGAGACCGCGUGGGCUUGAGUCUGCAGAAGAAUGGGGACGACCUGGUCGUGAACGUAGCCGCCAAGUGCGGUCGCGGUGCUGGCGAUGUCAUCGUCGUCAUCCACGCCGUUGGGCCGGUCUUGGUUGAGAAAUGGGUCGAUCUUCCGAAUGUCAAAGCCGUGCUCCUUGCCAACCUCCCCGGCCAAGAAUCCGGCAACGCUCUUGCUGAGAUUCUCUUCGGCGAGACCAACCCAUCCGGCCACCUCCCCUUCACCAUCGGCAAAUCGCUCGACGAUUAUGGUCCUGGUGCCAAGGUCAUGUAUUUGCCAAAUGCUGUAAUCCCUCAGCAGGAUUUUUCCGAAGGGCUGUACAUCGACUACCGCUACUUCGACAAGCAAAACAUUGCGCCUCGCUUUGAGUUUGGCCUUGGCCUCAGUUACACGACCUUUAACUUCAGCAACCUCCAGGUCAAUCCGCGCAAGAGCAAGUCGGCUCUUCCUGAACAGCGGCCUAGACCUGCAGUCGAACCUCCCAGCUACUCCACUGAUAUCCCACCCAAAAGCGAGGUUGAGUUUCCCAGCGACUUCCGCGCGCUCAAAAAGUAUAUUUACCCUUACCUGCAGUCCACCGACGUCACCGGCGCGGGUAAGUACCCCUACCCCGAGGGCUACGAUGAGGCCCAGCCCCCAAGCGGCGCUGGAGGUGAUGAAGGCGGUAACCCAGAUCUGUGGGCUACUUAUGUCAGCAUCACGGUGGAUGUCGCGAACGACGGCGCGGUGGGGGGUGCAGUUGUGCCACAGUUGUAUUUGGAGUACCCACCAAAGGACGGGGUGGACUUCCCAGUCCGGGUGCUGCGGGGCUUUGACAAGUUGUAUCUGGAGCCUGGCAAGUCACGCACCGUAACAUUUGACGUUACGAGGAGAGACCUGAGCUAUUGGGACGUUGUUGAGCAGAAUUGGGUUUUGGUUACCGAGGGAGAGUACAAAUUUGGCGUUGGACAGAGCUCAAGGGACCUUCCCGCUGUUGGAACUUGGUAA